ACGCAUCAGACAUGCAGUUCACGUAUUUCCGGCUCGGUACGCUCUGCAUACAGAUAGUCUUGCGACGAAGAUAUGAUAAUUACGCAAAAUCGAAAUCGCGCGUCGCGGUCGCGUAUCGCCGGGAGACGCUAAUUGCACACGCUAGUGCAGCGAGGGCAGCAGGAAGUCGCUAUCUAAGGCAGGACUCGGAUAUCUCCCGCGCUCUUUAUGACAAACAGCUGUUCUGGCUGAGUCAGAGCUACGGCCUUGGUAGAAGAUUAGCCAAUCUUGAAGGAGAGAGCAAGAUAAAUAGAAAACCUUCUGCGCGAAAUAAUCUCAAUCGUUAUUUGAUCGACAUUUAUGUGAUGCUGCAACGCGAUCCGAGUCUGGCCCGCCCGCAUAUUCGCUGUGUCACACGACCACGGUUGACCCACUCACCCGUCUUGGAAAGAGAUCGAUAAUGCAUGAACUGAGAUAUGUUUUGACAGGUCGCGAUAAUUUUGAUGCCAGCCGGACAAUGGUUCGGUUUGUGUUCCCGACG